AUGUUGACGUUAACGAAUAUAAUAUUUAUUACAAUUUCUAUAAUAUUUUUACCAAAAUGUAUUGCAGUAGAUUACUGUGGCACCAAUUAUUGCAAUAGCAGUAAGCAACAUACAUUGUGCAAAUAUAAAGGACAAGCCAGCCAUUGUACAGCUUAUGAAAAAACAAUUUUGACCGCAAAUGAUAGACAAAUCAUUCUGGAUAAAAUAAACAGUCGACGUAAUAAAGUCGCCGCCGGUGAAAUCCGAUCUCUUCCACCUGCUGAAAGUAUGCUAAAGAUGGAAUGGAACAAAGAGUUAGAAAUUUCAGCGCAAAGGUGGGCGGACCAGUGUGUAAAACACAGGGUACCUGACAUUCAAGAUACUUGUCGAGAUUUAGGAAAAUUAACAGUUGGUCAAAAUAUUGCUACGAUACACGGUGAAUCUUCCGGACUAGUACCCUUUGCCCUGGUCGACGUGUGGUACAUGGAAUUGCUGAACAUCAAUUCUUCGAUAAUGUUACGAUAUAAACCGUCUGAAACCAGUAAUUCCCAUUAUGAUUAUUUUACACAACUUGUUUGGGAGGAGUCAAAUCAAGUCGGCUGUGGCGGAGUUAAAUUUAAAGAACGCCUUGACGAUGCAAAUAAAAAAUAUAGAACGAUUUAUAGAUUGGUAUGCAAUUUUGCCCCCGCCGGCAAUAUUCGAAACAGAUCUGUUUAUUCGAGUGGUGUACCUUGCUCUAGAUGUCCUAUUGAUGGCUCUUGUGAUUCGGUAUAUGAAGCACUGUGUCUUCAAAACUCUAUAACGAUAAAUGAUGCACAAGAAGAAAAUAGCGCUAUUUCCUAUCGAUCCGACGAUGUGACUGAAAAUACUACCACAAAUGUUUUUCCGGCCGUUACAGAAACUAUUACUGAAGAUGUGAUAUCUACGUCAACUGAAAGCAUACAGUUUAUUUCUGAUGUCACAUUAGGAAGAGAAAUCUUUACACCAUUCGAUUACUUUUCUCAUUUAUUUGAUUAUACGAAGCAAUUGAUAACUUCACGUACUAAUACAAGUUCAUGCAAAAAUAUUAUGGCUGUAGACAACUUCGUAGAAUUACUGAAGAAAAAGUUAAUAAACGAUCCUCUGAUAAAAGACCUACUAUCCACAUCAAAAUCACAUACGAUUAGUAAUUCUGAAGCCUCAUUUGAUGAUGUCGGUGUGGCAGCUUUCAUUGACGGAGUGUACAGUAAAAAAGAGCUGCCUACAACAUCAAAACCAAUGACGAGUGAAUUCGUAAAUUCUACAUUUUUAGUCGAUUUGAUUGAAGCUGUGAUAUUCAGAAGUGGUGACAAAAUGCCGAUAUCUGAGAAAAGCAGUCCAAAUACUCCACCUUUGUCUUCAGUUCAACGUGUUAUGGUUCAGGCAGAACUUGCAGAAGUUAAACAAAAUAACGAGUUCACUGGGCAUUACUUUUUUCCUGAAGAUGAGGAAGAGAGUAACACUGAAAGCAUAGAAAGCAUAGAAACCUACUAUGAUGAUAUAAAUUUGCCUGUGUCAGACUUGGUCCUAGAAGAUUUAAAAAUAAGCACAGUUACCAACGAUUUUUUAGACGAUAUUUUAGAUUCUGAUACCUCCAUUGAAAGUACGACUGCAAUCGCUAUGUUGUCCCCGGAUAGUAUAAAUUUGUAUAAAAGCGGGCAUGGCGUUAUGAAAAAGUUUUUGCAAAAUAUUAACCAGAAUACUAACUCAAAAUGA